AUGUCUUUAUCCGUAUCCUACUACGCGAGGAAUCUCUUUGCAUCAUCCUAUGGCAAGGACCGCCCCAAGUUCUUCAUCUGGUAUCCUGAAGGGACAUCGUCGGCUGAAAAGAAGCUGCUCUUCAAGAUUGACUUCUUCAUUCUCACCUAUGGCUGUCUCGCAUACUUUACCAAGUGGCUGGAUCAAGCCAACUUGAGCAACGCCUAUGUGUCGGGGAUGAAGGAAGACCUCGCCAUGUACGGCACCGAGUACAAUUUGGCCGUGACCUGCUUCUCCAUCGGCCAGAUCCUUGGUGCGAUUCCUGCCAACCUUUUACUGACCUGGAUACCCCCUCGUAUUCUCUUGCCUGGCAUGGAACUUAUCUGGGCUGUACUGACGAUUGGCACGUAUGCUGUUCGUGAUGUGAAUCAGCUGUAUCCCCUCCGGUUCUUCAUUGGCUUUCUCGAGGGCUCAUGUUUCGUUGGCGUACAAUAUGUUCUUGGUAGUUGGUACAAAAAGACGGAGCUAGGCAAACGUACCGCCAUAUUUGCAUGCGCUGCCUACGUUGGCACAAUGAUAUCCGGAUACUUGCAGUCGGCAGCUCUGGCCACGCUCGAAGGCCGAGAUGGCAUUGCUGGAUGGAGGUGGGUGUUCAUCAUUGAUGGAAUCAUUACCGUAGUGGUUGCAAUCUACGGCUUUAUCUUCUUUCCUGAUACUCCAUACGACACCAAGGCUUUUUAUUUGAGCGCCGAAGAAAAGGCUCGAUGUCUCGAGCGCAUCGUAGAAGAUGGUCGCCAGGAAACGGUCAACUCCUUUAGCUGGGACAUGUUUGUGCGUGCCGCGAGAUCAUGGCAACUCUAUGUUCUGACCAUUCUGUUCAUGUUUUGGAACACUACUGUUGGCAAGGUGGCCAAUACCGUCAUGCAGUUGUACCUGAAAGCGGACACGGAACACACUUGGUCCAUUUACCAAGUCAACAACAUACCCACGGCAAUCAACGGCUGGAACAUUGUGCUGAUUCUGUGUCUAAACGCAUAUGUUGAUGCCACUGGAUACCGUAUGGGAGUUGUUGCCUUCAAUCUUGUUCUCUUGAUCUUUGGCACAAUAUGUCUCGUUGUUUGGGAAAUCCCUCUGGGCUUGAAGAUUGUUUCUUACCUGUUUGCCGGCACCGACGGGCCCCUGAGUCCCAUUUACUACUCAUGGGCCAACAUCCUGACCGCUGGAGACCGCCAGGUACGAGGUCUAACCCUAGCAGUCAUGAACGCAGCGGGAACUGCCCUGUCCACGGUUAUUCAGCAGUUUCUCUACCCCACGACGGAGGCACCGCAAUUCAGUAAUGGUUUUAGGGCAAGCCUGGGAUUUAUCUGCGGCAUGUGCAUAUGGGUAGUGGUUGUGCGUGUGCUGGAAAUGCGUGAGCUAGCUCGGCAGAGCCCUCAGACGGUUUACGUGGUGAAUGCCGAGACUGAGUCUGACCCAGAAUCACAACCAACGGCUGUUAAGGGCUCAGCCUCAUAG